AUGAUGAAGAAACUUAUGGUUCUCCUCCUCCUCUGCCAUGCUACAUCUGCAGCAAUAAACUCCUUUAAGAUGUAUUUUAUGAUAUCGUCUGGAGUCCCAAAUGUUCCCGAAUAUUUGGCAGCGGUAAAUGUUGAGGAUGUUAUGAUUGCUUACUAUGACAGCAACAUGAAUAAACCUGAACCCAGACAGGACUGGGCAAAAGAAGUGAAGAAAGAGGAUCUCCAGCUAUGCACAGAGCAUGGUGUUCACAUAAUCCAGGAGUUGACUGGUUAUGAGUGGGAUGAUGAGACUGCAAAGGUCACUGGGAUUAAACAGUUUGGUUAUAAUGGAGAAGACUUCAUUGCACUGGACAUAGAAACAGAGACAUGGAUCUCUUCAAACCCACAAGCUGAAAUCACAAAACAAAUAUGGAACGCACAUACCAAUAAGGGGUUUUGGAAGAACGUAUUCGCAACUACUUUCCCGGCAUGGUCCAGCAUGUACAUGAAUUAUGCUGAAAGUUUUGUGCAUAGAAAAGUUCCUCCUUCAGUGUCUCUCCUACAGAAGACUUCCUCCUCUCCAGUCAGCUGCCACGCUACAGGUUUCUAUCCUGGCAGAGCCAUGAUGUUCUGGAGGAAAGAUGGAGAGGAGAUACAUGAGGAUGUGGACCACAAAGAGAUCCUCCCUAACCACGAUGGGACCUUCCAGAUGAGUGUUGAACUGGAUAUUUCAUCAAUCGGACCUGAAGACUGGAGAAGGUAUGACUGUGUGUUUCAGCUCUCUGGUUUUGAGGACGAUGUUGUCACGAGACUGAAUGAAUCAAUCACCAGAACCAACUGGGACAAAGAUGAAACUGGAAAUGAUGAAGGUGAGAAAAACAACAGAUCCAUUCCUAUCAUCACUGCCAUGGUUGUUCUUGUUGUCAUCGUCACUGUUGGUGUUGGAUUUGCUGGUUACAAAAGAAAGAAAGGCAAAAGCACCAACUUGUCACCUGACACCAUCUCUGAGCUCUCUGAGAGACUGAAUCCAGAGACCACAUAAGCAAACAC